UAGAGGCCUAGCCUCUACGAGGAACGAUGGGCCAGUGUCCUUACUCUAAGGAUGACUCUUACUCUAAGGAGGACGCACAUUUUUAGCAGGGUAAACCGUAGAGUAGCUCAAGCAGCAGGAGUCCAACUCUUCCACCCCACUGCCCGGCCAAUCUCCUCCUCCUUCCACUCGCCGGCGCUUCAAAAAGCGACAACAGACGCGAGAUGAACUCCAGCAGCAGAGCAAGCGGAGCGCCAGCGGAAGCGGUGCGUGAAGAUCGGAGCCACUUCCGGUCCGGGGCAGGUGUCACUGGUGUCACUGCGGCCUGUCACGGACGUCCAGGUUGUGUUGAGCACCCUGGCGCCACGGAGGACGCCGAGGACGUGCCCUGCAAGCCCCAGCUGGCCGAGAAGUGCUGGUCGGACGUGGUCGGCCACGUGGACUGCCUGCUCAACCCCCGCAGCACCCGCACCCACGUGUGCCAGCGACUCAAUCACACCGAGCUCUGCAAGGUGCUGGAGGACGCGCUGCGCUGCUCCACGGACGUGGCGGAGAACGGCUGCGUGCUGCGCUCCGGGAGGGAGAACUUCGACUUCUGGAUUCGCGGGCUGGAGGCCGUCAACACCAAGCUCUGCUUCGAGGGGCAGAUGGCCACCGUCGUGGCGUACGCGGAGUGCUGGGACGUGCUGCGGUUCACGCGCUGCGUCCAGCACACUGUAGACCGGCUGCAGCACGUCGUGGACCUCGCCGACCUGCUGACGCCGCACCACGGCCACGACGGCCACGACGGCCACGGUGACCUCGCGGCCGGCGAGCAGCUCCGGGCGGCGGACUCCCGGCAGCAGUGCCACCUCGCCAUGCUGCGCCUGUCCACCUGCGGCGCCACCGCCGCCACCCUGAACCCGGCCCCCGUGCUCGCCGACCCCAUGCGCUCCUGCCUGCAGGCCGCCCCGGUGGACGUCAUCAACGAGAUGCUGGCCGCCUACUUCUCGGCCAGCGAGUGCGGCAACGGCGGCGGCGGCAGCGGCGGCAGCCCCUGCCCGUCGUACGGGCUGCCUCACCAGGAGGCGCUGGCCUUCACGACGACGCUCGCCGCCCUCACCGAGCCGCCCCCGGCCGCCCCCAUUCGGUGCCGUUACUAA